GGCCCCCGCCCGAUCCAAUUUAUAGCGCCAGGGCUAGGCGCUCACUUGUAUCGUCCCCAAUCGCUUCACUUCCCCGUUGACAAUCGAAGGUCCAGAAGCAGCGAAGCCUGCCCGCCCCCGGCCAUGAAGCUCUGCUGCCUUCUCCUCGUCUCGUUCGCCGCCGCGGCGUACGCGUCGUCGGAGCGCGCGGUCGAGGUCGUCUCGCGCGGCGUCGGCGGCGGCCGCCUGUCGUCGGACCCGGAGCAGCAGUGCGUGUACACGGUGUACGUGCGGACGGGGUCGAUCUGGAAGGGCGGGACGGACUCGGCGAUCGGCGUGACGCUGCUGGGCUCGGACGGCACGGGCAUCCGGAUCGCCGACCUGGAGAAGUGGGGCGGGAUGAUGGGGGACGGCUACGACUACUUCGAGCGCGGCAACCUCGACAUCUUCGGCGGCAGGGGCCCCUGCAUGGCCACCGCGCCCUGCUUCGCCAACGUCACCUCCGACGGCGCCGGCGCGCACCACGGCUGGUACUGCAACUACGUCGAGGUCACCGCCACGGGGCCCCACCUGGGGUGCGCGCAGCAGCUCUUCACCGUCGAGCAGUGGCUCGCCACCGACGCCUCGCCCUACCGCCUCUACGCCACCGUCGACACGUGCUCGGGGUCGGGGGACUCCGGCGUCGUCUCCGCGGCUGCCGCCACGGGGGACAAGGCCAGGUCGACCGCUCUGUGAUGUCGACCCAUGGGCCAUGGCCGGCCGCGUGCAUUGCGUGGUGUGAAACUGUGGAAGAUUUUUAUUGCCGUGCGAUGAUUAUUAUUAUGAUGUACAGUACAGUACAGUACAAAUGUCAUCUGCUGCGUGUACCAUGAGUUUUUUUUUUUUUUUUGCCGACGUCCUGAUCGUAGUAGCACGAGGAAAUAAAGACCAUCUCCAUCUGGGUACUGGUUUCGUCAA